AUUGCUGUACUUAUCCGCAACAAACAGCGAAGACGAAGAGGAAGAAGAGAAGGGCCCUCUCUUUUCUCUCUCCACGCUUGUCAUCAAAGCAGAUACCAAUCUAUAAAACUCCUGCCGUUGGCUGGGCACCAAUGGAAACAAAAGCCCCGAGUUGAAAUUUUUUAUCUUUGUUUUUGUUUUUUAAAAAAUCAACUUUGGGAAGUUCUAGGGUCUAGUUCUAUCCAAAUGGGUCCCCACAGCCUUGCACUUUUGCCCUUUCUUUUCACAUACUUUUGUGAUCUUUUCUUCUCUGAGAUGUGUCCUGCCGUUUGACGAAUCUUGUUCCUAUUUCCAUCUCUCUCGCUCGUUUUAUCGGACUAGCGGCAUAGCAGCUUAGAUUUUUACAUCGUCCAGAUUGACACGUCCUCUUUAUGCCCUUAUGUUUAUUCUGCUUUGUAUCGGGAAAGUUCUCGGGUCGGGCCUGCGUUUUCCAGAUGACAUAAAAAAGGAAAGGGAAACCGGUGAGAAGUUUUGCUUUCUGGAACUGGUAUUUAGGGUUUCUUCCUUAAUCUACGCUAGAAUCUGUUUUUCUCCAUUUGGGUGGGCUCGGAGAUAGUGGGGGAUCGCCUGAUUUUUAAGAGGGAUCGAUUUAGGUUUCCGGGUCGGUCAAAUCGGUCCAUCUUCCUGAAGAAUCGGUUUAUUCGCGAGGGAUUAGGCGAUUCCGAGAGCUGGGUUUUGGAGGGCUAUUUCAUGGGUUUUCCAUGUGAAUUUCAUGGAAUAAUUGAUUGUUCUAGUUGGAGUUUGUGUUAAAUAGAGUAAUAGAGACAGACUGAGACGAGAAGGAAAAAUGAAGAGAGGAAAAGAUGAUGAGAAAAUUAUGGUGCCCAUGUUUCCGAGGCUUCAUGUUAAUGAUACAGAGAAGGGAGGGCCAAGAGCACCGCCAAGGAACAAGAUGGCCCUUUAUGAACAGCUUAGUAUUCCUUCCCAGAGAUUCAAUCCUGGGGUGUUGCCUCUUAAUCCCAAUAAUGCUACCGGCGUGGUUCAUCCUGCUUCCUCAAGCCAGGGAAGUGGCCGCAAAAUGAGUAUGUUUUUUCCACUCCACUUAACUCAUUCAACACAUCCAGCUAAGAGGCCAUAUACUGGAUGUUUGGAUUCCAACACGUCCUUGACACAGCCAGAGCAGCCAAAUAAACUAGAUGAAGAGGAUUUUGCAGUUCCUAUCUUUGUCCGGUCGGAGAUAGGUCAAGAUCAUACCAAACGUUCUAAUAGCAUAGAUGGGGAAAUAAUCUCUCCCCCCAGUCCAACUUAUUUGGGUCCAUCAGUGAACAUUCAGAAUGCCCUUGAUAAAGAGCCACGGCAAACUAGCCUUACAGAUUCCAGAAUGAGGCAAGAAGGCAGAUGCCAGAAUGAGAUUGACCUAAAAAUACUUAUGGCAGAAGGGGAGAAAGCAGGUCAGGAUGGUGUCUGCCUUGCAAAUAAUCUUGACAGGUUACAGAGCACUGCUGCUAGUUUUCAUCAUGUGUCCAGAGUCAGGACACAAGCAGAUGAGAGUACGUGUGGCAGUCAUAGCCCGAACAGGCACGUGAGGGGUGUAGAGAAUGGACGUUCUGUCAUCAUUAGAAGGAAUUCUUGUUCAGAAGAGCCGGAAAGUCAUAACAACCCUGCUAAUGACAAUGGAUAUGUUGAGGACAAGACAUCUGGAUCGUUACAGACAGGAACUGUGAACAUAUGUGAUGAUGUCUCUGAGACUUCCGUGGUGGAUUGUAUAUCUGGCUUGGAUUUAUGCCCUGAUGAUGUUGUAGGCAUUAUAGGUCAGAAACAUUUCUGGAAAGCGAGAAAAGCAAUAGUCAAUCAACAAAGAGUGUUUGCUGUUCAAGUGUUUGAGUUGCAUAGAUUGGUAAAGGUCCAGAGAUUGAUUGCUGGAUCCCCACAUCUCUUGCUAGAUGAUACUGCUUAUUUGGGAAAACCUUUAAACGGCUCUUCUGUGAAUAAGCUUCCAUUGGAGUAUAUUGCUAAACCAUCUCCACAGGUUGCCAAGCUUAAGGAUGAUUCCGAGAACCCCAAUCAUAAGACGGAAUACUCUGCUGAAAAUGCUGUUGGAAAGACAUCUGUUUCUCCUGGGCAGAAUGUUAGUCUGCCUUCAAACUACAGACCGCCAUUUUCAGGAAACCCGCCAUUGGCUCCUGUACUCGCUGAUCCCAGAUCGAAUCCUUGUUUCCAUCCCAUGACUGGGCACCAAUGGUUGGUUCCCGUAUUGUCUCCGUCUGAAGGUCUAAUAUACAAGCCGUAUCCCGGGCAUGGUUUCAUGAAUGAAGGUUGCGGAGGAUGUGGACCUCCUGGACCAAAUCCUAUGAUGGGUAACUUCAUAAAUCCUGCAUACGGGGUUCCUCUUUCUCACCAACAUUAUCAAGGAAUUGGGUUUCCUCCGGCUUCUGCCCCAGCUAGCCAUGGUUAUUUCCCUCCAUAUGGUAUGCCGCCAGUCAUCUCGGGUUCAGCUGUUGAACAACAGAACAACUUUGUUGGGCUCGGUUUGAAGGGUCAACCUGGUCAGUUGUCCGGUGGGGGAGCUAACUUCAACGCGCGACACCAAAGCUCGUGUAAUAUGCCAACCAGGGAGAAUGGAGCGAGUCCAAACGAACUGCAAUGCAGUACGGCGAGUAGUCCUGGCGAGAGAGUGAGAGCAGUAAGAGCACACAGUAAAGGACCAAACGCGCUUCCUCUUUUCCCUACUUCUCCAGCCGCCGUCCACAUCCCAGACGGAACCGCCCCUCAGCUCCAUGAAACUGACCAGCCGAUGACGACAACGCCCACGACGACGAGAGUGAUCAGAGUUGUGCCCCACAAUGCUAGAUCAGCAACUGAGUCAGCGGCUCGGAUUUUCCAGUCUAUACAAGAAGAAAGGAAACAGUAUGACUCGCUUUAGUUAUGGAGGUCUGUCUGGGAGUAGUUUGCUUUGUGUUAUUUUAUCUGGUGUAAUGUCUGCCAACUGUUUUGUGUCUAAUUUUGGGUUCUCCACCAAUGUAGAUAUGCAUCUGAAGAUUACAUCAGAUCCGAUCAGAUCAAUGAGUCCAAUGCUAUAUGCAGUAUGCAAUAUGCUAGUUUCUUUUUAAA